AUGCUGGUGGCAGUGACGCAAAUGACUAGUGGCGGCAUAAUCCGAGAGAAUCUCGCGAUAGCGCAGAAUCUUGUCCGCUGCGCUGCAAAUGCAGGCGCCAAACUCCUUAUUGAUGACAAAGGACAAAUUCAGGCGAGGUACCGCAAAAUGCAUCUGUACGACGUUCAAGUUCAGCAUGGUAUGUCCAUAUGUGAGAGCAAUACAACCAUCCCUGGUACAGAGCUAGUACCGCCAGUAUCUACGCCUUUUGGGCGUACAGGUCUGUUGACGUGCUACGACAUGCGAUUUCCUGAAGUAGCACUCUCGCUGCGUCGGAGCGGCGCGCAGAUCCUUACUUUUCCAUCCGCUUUUGCUGUGCGAACAGGUGCAGCGCACUGGAGCACAUUGCUCCAAGCACGAGCAAUUGAUACACAGUGCUGGGUCGUCGCUGCUGCACAAGUUGGCACACAUCCGGGGACAACGCGCACAUCCGACAUGCCGCCAUUUGAGGCUGCAUUUGGAUUGGCCGAUAUUGUACGUGCAUAA